UUUCAAAAUUAUUUGGGCAGCAACCAUUCCUCAUUUUUUACAUGAUAUCCUAUUCGUCAUGAAUUAAACAUCUGCCGCGUCGUUUUGUCGUUUUCUUGACAGGACGAUGAGAAAGUUUUUUUAUUUUAAGCAUUUUAUCAGGUUGUGUGAAGUUUCAAUGAAGCGAAUCCGGAUUUAAAUUCUAAACAGCCAAUGGCAUAUCUUUUAAAUAGUUGAAGUUACUACAACGCAUAUAUAUGCUGUGUCCUUGAGCAUUAUUUGAUUAUGUAAUAUCUUUUAAAUUUUUUUUAAAAUUAUGAACACAACUGUGUCGUCAUCCAGUCAUGAAAAUAGAUCUUGGAGUGUACCAAGUUGGAUUAUUUUGGUUUCAGGAAAAACCCUUUGUUCGAAUUUUUAAACGUGUCAACUUAGUUUUGAUCUCAUCGAGAAGUCCGGUGACAAGAAAACAGAUGGUUACACUUUUAUCAGUUUGUUGACUCGAAGGAUGUAAACUGGAAAAUAUUUCCCAUUUUGACAAAAGAAGAUACAACCCAUAUAUACGUCGAUAUGUCGACGUCUACCCUUGAGCAUCCACAUAUUUACCACGCCUUCAUCUCCUACUGUCCUGAUACGGAUACAAACAAUGCCAAGAAAAUACUAGAAGUCCUAGAAAACGAGGGUCUGACAUGCUGCUUCCAGGAGAGAGACUUCCUACCGGGAGGAUAUCUUAUUGACCUCGUCGUGGACGCCAUACACAGUUCCCGGCAUGUGGUUCUGGUGAUUUCGCCGUCCUCCUUACAAAGCGAGUGGAGCAAGUUUGAGAUGGUGAUGGCCGUGGAUGAUUCCCAUAUCCGGAACCGUGUUUGUCUAGUUCCGGUCCUGCUCGGCGGGGUCAAGCUUGCUAGUCUUCCGCCUCCUCUCCGGCUUCUUAACUGUGUAGAACUCAGUGAAAAUUUCGAGAAUAUUCAUGAUAUAAUCCAGGCCAUUAAAAAUUCAGACUACACAUGGGAGUCCCUUUUACCUGUGGGAAAUCUGGCGCAUGGUUUUGCCUGGGGAUAUUAUUUUGGAUACCUUAAAAUCAUUUUACCGAAUUUAAACGCAAGAGCGAGAGAAUGGCGGAAUGAAAAUGGCAAGGACGGGAAAAUGAGCGAUAAAUUGUUUUUGCUAUUUCCACAAAGCUGCCGAUGUGGUGAUUCCCUAUCUGACGAAUAUCCACUUAUCGAACACGUGGGUCAUCUUCCUGUUAUUACUAAAAAUAGAGCUGGGACUGUAGCUCGCCAGUAUAGGAAUAGCAUAUACAGUGUAAAAGACGAUAAAGGUGUUGAAUAUUACUUCGUUGGUGAAUAUGUUACGGUUAUUCAUACUAUGUAUGAAAUGGAGCAAAAUGCUAAGACAGGCCUACAGACGGGAGAAAAGUACAUACAAGCCAUGAGGUUCUACCUAGCAAUAAAAGAUAUUCUAGAUAAGGAUCCUGAGUGCUCGAAAAACUAUAAAAUUAUAUUUUACGAUGAUAAAAGCAACAGCUCUGAGAAGAUACCACAGUUGAUAUGCAGGGAGAUAAAGAAACAGAUAAAAGAAGGAUCACCAAAUGACCGACUUACCGAGACCUCUUUUGACAGCCUCGAGCGGUUUCCCUCUAUAUGUGGACCCGAUUUCAGUCUUUAUUCCAUAGGAAAUUUAAUCAAUUCACAUAUGUCUAAGAAUGAACCUUACAUUCACAGAGAUGAGAAAGGUCAAUUGAAGACAGUAGAGCGAGGAAACCAACUUACAAAUGUGUUCAAUGAACCGACAUGAUAUUGGGCCAAGAAACGAAAGUUUUUGCAUGUUUUUGGUUCCAACGGUUAUAGUACUGUUAAGACGGAUGGGAUUUUGUGUUAAAGUUUGACUUGCUUAUUGAUUGCCGUUGUCAUCGGAUAGAGAAGGGGACUCUUGCAAAGGAGAGUGCAUGUACGCUUUAUUGUAAACAUUAACUCAUAUACAGUGAGUUAAUUGUUCUUUAGGGGUGUAUUUGAAUACGAGUGUAUAAUGUGUAUCCUCUAUACGUGUUAUGAGGAGUAACAGAUGUGUAUACUAGUGUCUGCUUCCAGUGGAAUCCAUUCUACUCGUGACAUACAGAUUUAAAAAUUUUACAAUCUGUUUGUAGGAUAAAGAAAUAUUU